GCUUAUAUGUCGGCUUGGUGUUUGUUCCCUGGAAAAAAUUGUCAGAAAUUAAGAGCGGGGAGAAAUGAAAAAAUAAAAAACAAUAGAAAGAGGAGAAAAAGAACAAAGAAAAAGGCUGUCUUGCUUUUUAUUUGCCUUUCUGCUUCUCCGUGUUUCGGCCUCUGUUUUCUCGGCGACAAGUCAGUUUCUUUCUCUUCUCCUUUCUUCAUUUUGUUAUUAUCUUAUUAUUGUUAUUGUCUCUCCUUUCAGCUUGAUGCCUAUGGGCUCUGAGAAUUUCACUUUCUCCAUUUCUCUCCUUUUCGAAGAUUUGUGAGCUCCCGGAUGAGAAUUUCACUUUACUGAACAUUCCUCCAUUUCCACUUUGUUAGAGGAAGGAACAAAAGAGAAGGAAGUAAACCAACAAAAAGGAAGUUCCUCGUUAGAUUCCCUUCUGUUCUCUUUUUCGUAGCUCAGGAAAGAAGGAAAGCUUCUUCCGCUUUCUUGGGAUUGAAGCUCUGAAGCUUCCUUUACUUUCACUGUUGCUGCUGCGAAGCCUUGGCGAAAUGGUGUUUCUGGGGCUGGAGCUCGUCCUCUAGUAGUGAGUAGUGACGGUUAUUUUGGAUUUGGGAAAUAGGGAAGGCAAAAGUUGAAAUCUUUGGCAACAAAAUGAAGAUUCCUUCAAAUGGGUUCCUGCCAAAUUCUGCUGAAGGCGAAAGGAAGAUUAUUAACUCAGAGUUAUGGCAUGCCUGUGCUGGCCCGUUGGUCUCUAUGCCUCCGGUUGGAAGUCUUGUUGUCUACUUUCCUCAAGGCCAUAGCGAGCAGGUUGCUGCAUCUAUGCAGAAGGAGACAGACUGCAUACCAAACUACCCAAAUCUUCCUUCAAAGUUGAUUUGCAUGCUUCAUAAUGUCACCUUACAUGCUGAUCCGGAAACUGAUGAGGUGUAUGCACAAAUGACCCUUCAACCCGUAAGCAAAUGUGACAGGGAAGCGUUGAUAGCAUCUGAUAUGGGCCUGAAGCAGAAUAGACAACCUGCUGAAUUCUUCUGUAAAACGCUUACAGCUAGUGAUACAAGCACUCAUGGUGGAUUCUCUGUGCCUCGAAGAGCUGCAGAGAAAAUAUUCCCACCUCUUGAUUACUCAAUGCAACCACCUGCCCAGGAGCUAGUAGCCAGAGAUCUACAUGACAGUGCAUGGACCUUCAGGCAUAUUUAUCGCGGCCAACCAAAAAGACAUUUGCUUACGACAGGAUGGAGUGUUUUUGUUAGCACUAAAAGACUUUUUGCCGGCGAUUCAGUUCUCUUCAUUAGGGAUGAGAAACAGCAGCUGCUUUUGGGUAUCAGACGUGCAAAUAGGCAGCAACCGCCUCUCUCCUCGUCGGUCAUAUCAAGCGACAGCAUGCAUAUUGGGAUUCUUGCUGCUGCAGCUCAUGCUGCUGCCAACCACAGUCCUUUCACUGUCUUCUACAAUCCUAGGGCAAGCCCUUCUGAGUUCGUGAUUCCUUUCUCCAAGUAUAAUAAAGCAAUGUAUACACAAGUAUCUCUUGGAAUGAGAUUCAGGAUGAUGUUUGAGACAGAAGAGUCAGGAGUCCGUAGAUACAUGGGAACAGUGACAGCCACUAGUGAUUUAGAUCCUGUGCGGUGGAAAAAUUCACAGUGGCGCAAUCUUCAGGUUGGCUGGGAUGAAUCAACUGCUGGUGAACGACCCAGUCGAGUUUCUGUAUGGGAUAUUGAGCCUGUUGUUACCCCAUUCUACAUAUGCCCACCCCCCUUCUUCAGACCCAGGCUCCCUAAACAGCCUGGAAUGCCAGACGAUGAGUCUGAUAUCGAGAAUGCUUUUAAAAGAGCUAUGCCGUGGCUAGCUGAUGACUUUGGUAUGAAGGAAGCCCAAAGCUCAAUAUUUCCUGGACUUAGCUUGGUUCAGUGGAUGAGUAUGCAACAAAACAAUAAUCAGUUCCCAUCAGCUCAGUCAGGAUUUUUCCCCUCCAUGAUUCCAUCCAAUGCUUUGCAUAAUAACUUCUUGGUAGCUGAUGAUCCGACGAAGUUACUCAACUUUCAAGCCCCUGGGAUAUCUACAUCUGGUAUCCAGUUUAACGAGACAAACCAGCCAAGCCAGGUCAGCCAGUUGCCUCAGUCAGCUGCAACAUGGACUCAGCAGCAGCAGCAGCAGCAGCAGAUGGUGCAGAAUCCUCCUAAUCAGCAACAACCACCUUCUUCCCAACAGGCACAUCAACCUGUUAAUAUCCAACAACAACAACAGCAACAGGAAAGACAAGAGCAACAGAAGCAACAACAGCAGCAGCAACAGCAAAGACUGCAGCAGCAGCAGCAGCAACAACAACAACAAUUGCAGCAACAUCAGCUGACUCAGCAGCAACAGGUACAGGCACCUCAACCACAGUCCCAGCAACUACAACAACAUGUACAGCAAUUACAACAGCAGCAGUCACAGCCACAGCAGAUAUUCCAGGCAUCGGCUGUGAGUAAUCAGAUUCCAAACCAAAGUUUCCAGCAUGCAGUUGGAUAUUCUCAAAUUCAGCAGCAACAGUUCCCAGUGAGCAAUAUGCCAACUCAGACUGUCCCUUCUCUUACUAAGACUUCAUAUCAGCUAACAUCUCUACAGCAAGACGUGAAGGUACAACAGGCUGAAGAGCAGCAGCCUGGUCAGCUGCAGAGGCAUAUUCUCCAGCAGCCUCAAUUGCAGCAAUCCUCUCUUCAGUUGCUACACCAUAGCAGCACGUCACAGAGAGCACAACCACAGGCUCAGGUACAGAUGCAACAAAUGUCACAAACAGGCCUCUCAGACCAACAACAGUUUCAGUUGCUACAGAAGUUGCAGCAACAUCAACAGCAGCAGCAACAGCAGCAGCAGUUUUUCUCUCCCACAAGCUCACUUCUGCAGCCUCAGAUGGUACAGAAACAGGCAUAUCAGCAAAACCAACAGUUGCAGCAGUCACCUCUGCUACAAAGUCAACAGCCAGUAUUCAGCAAUGCCAGCAGCUUCUCAACAUCAGGGCUAAUGCAACCCCAAUCUUUUCCUGCCAACCAGUCUCAAGGUGUGCAGAAGCUACCUACACCAAUUAGAGCACCGUCCACACUUACGGAUGGAGAGGCACCAUCUUGUUCCACAUCCUCGCCUUCUACGAACAACUGUCAAAUUCCGCUACCACAUUUCUUGAACAAAAGCCAGCAAGCCCCAGCAGGUCAAGUUUCGAUGGGAGAUUCAGUUGUAGAGCCUGCAAAUAAUCUCAUCCUGCUAGAUGUCCAUGGUAAAUCGGAUGGCCGGAUUAAACAUGAAUUUCCUGGCUCAAAAGGUUCAGAGCGACUGAAGUACAAAAGUAUUGUUACUGAGCCAUUGGAGGCUUCCUCUUCUGGAACAUCAUACUGUCUAGAACCAGGUGGUGGUGCUACUAACCAGCAGAAUUUUGGACUGCCUUCCUUUGGUUUGGAUGGUGAUGCUCAAUCACAUUCAAGGAACAACAGUCUUCCUUUCUCAGCUAAUAUUGAAGGGUUGGUGCCUGAUAGUCUGCUGUCAAGGGGAUUUGACUCUCAAAAGGAUCUUCAGAACUUGCUCUCUAACUAUGGAUCUAAUCCAAGGGAUAUCGAGACAGAGUUGUCUACUGCUGGGAUAAGCUCACAGUCAUUUGGGGUUCCUAACAUGCCUUUUAAACCGUCAUGUUCUACUGAUGUCGCUAUCAAUGAUACUGGUGUUCUGAAUAAUGGGUUGUGGGGCAAUCAGACCCAACGGAUGCGAACGUAUACUAAGGUUCAAAAGCGUGGUUCUGUUGGAAGAUCCAUUGAUGUCACUCGUUAUAAAGGGUAUGAUGAACUGAGACAUGAUCUAGCCCGGAUGUUUGGUAUUGAAGGGCAGCUGGAAGACCCACAAAGUUCUGACUGGAAGCUAGUUUACGUGGAUCAUGAAAACGACAUAUUGCUUGUUGGAGAUGACCCUUGGGAAGAGUUUGUGAGUUGUGUACAAAGCAUAAAGAUACUCUCAUCCGUCGAAGUCCAACAGAUGAGCUUGGACGGGGACCUUGGUAAUGUGCCUGUUCCCAACCAAGCCUGCAGCGGAACUGACAGUGGCAACGCGUGGAGGGGACAAUAUGACGACAAUUCAGCUGCAUCGUUUAACCGAUGAAUUUGCUUGGUAGCAGCAGAACUGCCCAACUGUCGGGACAUUAGUAUAUUGUAAUGUAGUGAUACUCAAUUCGUACUCUAUACCGCUGCUAGUGGGUGAUGCAAUGAAGAGAAGAGAGCAGACUCAUUCCUGUCGAGGAAGCAGCAUGCGGUAAUAUUCCAGGCAGUGUUGGGAAGGGGGAUAGCCGCCAAAUCUCCUCUCUUUGUAAUUACAAAGAUGGGUCAAAGUAAGUAUUGGAUCCGCUUACUUACAAACCAGGUGGAUUCACUUUUUCUGGUACUUGCUUUCGUGCCUGUUUUAGUAGGUUAGAUUUGUGAGUUAACUGACGUAAUAUACAUAGGAGGAAGCCGCUGGGGAACCAAUUUUUUCAGUUCCAUGCAAACUCGCUAUAGUUGCCUUGAUUGUAUGUAGUAAGUUCUGCUGUUAAUUUCCAGUUUCGAUUCAAUGUAGAAAGUUUGUACCGUCAAACCUCUAAAAGAUGUUUGUUCUAUUUUGUGAUGUUUAUUGCAAAAAGCCUGAUGUAGCGUUGGAUUUACUGAGCCAGCGUAGUUUUUCUUUUAUAAAUGCAUCUAUAUUUUUCAUUCGGUACCGUCAGGCAAUCAUUAAUUGGG